UAUUAUCAUAUCUGAGAAAGAUACUUUACUUAAGACUAUAUAUCUUACUCUCACUGAGUACACAUUAAAAUUAUUUGCAUCAACUAGGUAAAAAAAAAAUCUGUACUCUGUGAUAGUUACUGAAGUUAUUUUGAAGUUGAAUGUUAUUUUCAAUUUUGAUAAAAAGUGUAAAACUGAUUAGAUCUUUAAUAGAAUUCUGGGAGAAAAAUGUCGUUAAUACAAGAUAUUGCUACAGAUGAAAUGGCUUUGAUUGAGGAGCUCAAAAGGCGAUAUAUCAAUGAAAUUACUCCUAAGAUGAGAGAAGACGAUACCCUGUGGCAUCGAUUCUUGAAAGCACGUGAUUUUAACUUAAAAGAUGCUGAAGAUUUACUGAAGAAGCACAUCCAAUUCCGAAAGGAGUUCCGAAUUGAUCAUAUUCUGGAGGAAUGGCAACCAUGCGAAGUACUUGCGAAAUAUUGCCCUAUGAAAAAUAUAGGUUUCGAUAAAGAAGGACAUCCUAUAGUUUACAUCGAUAUGGCUGCUGAUACAAAGGGCCUUGUAAGUUCAGUAAAAAGAGCCGAUUUCAUAAGGUUUGGUUGCUGGAGAAUUGAACAAUCCAUAGAAAUGAUGAAGAUGAAAAGUAAAGAGACUGGAAAGAAUAUUUAUCAAGUGAUUUUCGUAGCCAAUUUUGAUGGCAUGACUUUCGCUCAAGCAACCAGCAAGAAAGCUCUUGAGUUGUUUCUGCUAGCUGUGACUGUAUUCCAAGAUAAUUUUCCUGAAAGAAUAAAAUCUGUGUACGUAAUUAAUGGUUCAAUAUAUUUUUCUAUGGUAUGGUCCGUAGUGAAGCAAUUUCUUGCUCCUGCAAUUAUAAACAAAUUUAUAAUUUUCGGCACAGAUAAAUGGAAAGAUGCCCUUCUAAAUGUCAUCGAUCCUGAAGAAUUGCCAGCUUUCAUUGGUGGAAAGAAGACAGAUCCGGACGGAAAUCCUCGCUGCAAUACUAUAGUAAUUCAUGCAGGAACUGUACCCGAAAAGUUUUAUAUGAAAAAAUCUGACAGGAAGUUAUAUCUUUCCCCUGGAGUAAAAAGACUGACUGUAACACGUUUUGCUAAAGCAGAGCUUACCUUUGACGUAACAAUACCAAAUUCCUAUUUAGAAUGGGAAUUCGAAACUAAGAACAAAGACAUUGGUUUUGGUGUAUUUUUCAGACCGUCUUCUGUAAAUAAAUCUAAAGCACAAGAGAUAGUCCCAAAGCAAAGAAUAGACACCUGUUUUGGACCAGAAACUGGAGUCUAUAGAUGUGAAAAACCAGGAACAUAUAUUCUGUUGUUCGAUAAUUCGUACAGUUGGUUCUAUCCCAAAGAAAUAUUUUAUAAAACGAAGAUAGUUCUUCCAAAAGAUGAUGGAUCAGAAGCCCUUGAACCGAUGGCUACAGAAAAUUAGCCCUAUACCCUAUUUCAAUGUAAAUCUCUGUGAAAUCUCCAACUGUAUAUAUUUCAUUUCAUUGAAAUGACAAUCGUUAUUUAACUAUAAAAAUCGUUUUUUAAUAACUUUCAAUAAAAUCUUUAAUUGCGAAACUCGAUGUUUAUAUUGUGAAUAACUUUCAAGUGAUGUAAAAAUCAUAUUACUUCAUUAUUGUUUUUGUUUAUUUUUCAAUAUUCCUACUUUUGUUUAUUUUGUAAUAAAUGUAUAAAAGUAAUUGUAUGGGAAAAUUAUUGGCAUUGUUUUCAUUAACACUAAUUUAGUAUUUAAGGAACAAGAAUCUGUAAUAAUUUUACCUUUACUUUUCUAGUUAUUAAUUCAAAAUUUAUGAAUUUCAGCAGAUAAUUGAAAAUGUAAUAUUUUUAUUUGUAUUUAGGAGCUUACAUUU